CAAUGUCAGAGCGGUUCAGCUGUUGUGUGUGGACAAUGGCGACGAUUCGACGGAUGGUGUGACAUCCCAACGGGCUAAAUGUUCCCGCUGCGUUGUCCGGCUGCAGGUAGACGCGCAUCACGUCGCGCUGGAUGAAAGCCACGUCCCGGCGUGCAGUACCAGGUGUCUCGCUUCUCUCUUCCCUUUCCUGUUUUUCUCGUCGCUGCUUCUGCGAUGGCUACGGUGAACGCGAACGCGCUGUCCAGUGACAUAAGCCGUAGGAAUCCUCAGGACGAGUACGAGCUUAUCCAGAGAAUAGGCAGUGGAACCUACGGCGAUGUCUAUAAGGCUAAACGUCUCUCGAUGAACGACCUCGCGGCAAUUAAGGUUAUCAAGUUGGAGCCAGGUGACGACUUUGCAGUUAUUCAACAGGAGAUUUUAAUGAUGAAGGAUUGUAGGCAUCCAAAUAUUAUUGCAUAUUAUGGCAGUUAUUUAAGGAGAGACAAAUUAUGGAUAUGUAUGGAAUACUGCGGGGGUGGAUCGUUGCAAGAUAUAUAUCAUAUAACUGGACCAUUAUCAGAAAUACAAAUAGCGUACAUGUGUCGGGAGACUCUCACUGGUUUAGCUUACUUACAUAGUAUGGGCAAGAUGCAUCGUGAUAUUAAGGGUGCCAAUAUAUUAUUGACUGAAGCGGGUGAUGUAAAAUUGGCAGACUUUGGCGUGUCAGCACAGAUCACUGCGACGAUUAACAAAAGAAAGAGUUUUAUUGGUACACCAUACUGGAUGGCUCCUGAGGUAGCAGCCGUAGAGAGGAAAGGUGGUUAUAAUCAACUAUGCGAUAUUUGGGCAUGCGGAAUAACCGCGAUAGAAUUGGCCGAGUUGCAACCGCCGAUGUUCGAUCUGCAUCCGAUGCGCGCUCUGUUUCUCAUGUCCAAAUCAGGCUUUAAACCACCGACGUUGAAGGACCGUGAUAAAUGGAGUCCAACAUUUCACAAUUUCGUUAAGGUCGCACUCACAAAGAACCCCAAGAAAAGACCGACAGCAGAGAAGUUGCUUCAGCACGCGUUUUUUCAAGGGGAGAUGCAUAAAAGACUGGCGUUAGAAUUAUUGCAAAAGGUAUCGAAUCCAAGUCAUAUGUUUGCCGAUUUAGAAGCUGACGAAGAUGGAGCGGUGCCUAAUGUUCCGCAAAGAAUAGCCUCGCGUCACACUGCAAGGCCUAGGCCAAAGAGUCCCAUAUCACAAUUGGAUAGUGAUGAUCAAAUCAAUAUUGAUGGAGGAACAUUACACAGAGAUUCUAUAUCACCAUCUGUAGACAGUAAUCCAGCAUGGGAUAUCAUGGACAUCAUGAACAAUGUCAAAGCUGUACAUAAUUGCGAUGUGCAUCCAGACUGUGGAAUUGGUUCUGCGUUUGAAGAUGUUCAAGAAAAUACACUUGGCGCGAACCUUAAGACAAGUAAAAUAUCGAAACGUCGUAGCAAAACUGGCACAGAGAUAUUUCGUAUGACUAUAAGGAGUCUAUUGCAGUACAUUGAUGAGGAGUUGUUGCUAAGGGGAAAUGCAAUGUCGAUGGUCGGUGGGCAUUGCGACCAGCUAUAUUCCCUGCAAGCCACUCUUCCACUCGGGGAAUCAUCGAACGAUUGCGAAGUCCAUUGUCCCUAUUACAAUGUGUCUGGAUCUCAAGCUAGUCCCCGACGUCACAGUUCCGUGGAUGAAUUAUACGGUCUCGUCAAUAAUUCUCAGUCCCUAACAACCGUGAAUGGUCAGCGUCAACGAUCAUUGUCGGAUAGCGGCCCUAGAGAUGAAUCUGCGCAGUCAAACGGCGACAAUGAAAUAGCAGCUGAUCAAGAUAGAGAGAGUAUGAGUCCCGACUUACUCUCAGAUACACCGCCCGUCCCUCCGAGGAGGAGGGAUCGAAAAAGACACACACCACCGAGACCUAUUAGUAACGGAUUACCUCCCACACCAAAAGUGCACAUGGGAGCGUGUUUCUCAAAGGUAUUCAAUGGCUGUCCGCUAAGAAUACACUGUACCGCGAGUUGGAUUCAUCCGGAUACGAGGGAUCAGCACUUGUUGAUCGCGGCGGAAGAAGGAAUUUACAACUUGAACUUGAACGAACUUCAUGAAACCGCGAUAGACCAAUUAUAUCCGAGACGUACUAUCUGGAUGUACGUUAUUAAAGAUGUUCUCAUGUCUCUUUCCGGAAAGACGCCUCAGUUGUACAGGCACGACUUAUUAGCGAUGCUAAGUAAACAAACUCAUAGGUUUUCGUUGCACAUGAAUAAAAUACCAGAGAGAUUAGUCCCUAGGAAAUUCGCCCUCACUACAAAGGUACCAGACACAAAGGGAUGUACCAAGUGCUGCGUUGGAAGAAAUCCAUAUAAUGGGUACAAAUAUUUGUGCGGCGCGAUGCCGGCUGGUAUAUUUCUAAUGCAGUGGUACGAUCCAUUGAAUAAAUUUAUGCUUCUAAAACAUUUUGACUGCGUUCUACCGUCGCCUUUAAACGUCUUUAGAAUGGUUAUCACACCUGAGAUGGAAUAUCCAAUGGUGUGUGUAUCAGUUAAGCAGCCAUAUCAACAGAAUAAACUGAAAUUGGAUUUGAUUAAUAUGAACUCAGGAGCGAGUUGGUUCCACAGUGACGAAUUAGAAGACAUAGAUGGUUCAGCAACUGUGAUACCAAGAAGAGAGAAUUUGAAUGUUAUUAAUGUCACACAGUUUGAAAAAGAUGUAAUACUCGUUUGUUACGAUAACGUGGUGAAGAUGGUGACUUUACAAGGGAAACCUCGAGUUAGCAAAAAACAAUUAUCAGAGCUGCAAUUUAAUUUUCAAAUUGAAUCUAUUAUUUGUCUACCAGAUAGUGUAUUGGCAUUCCACAAACAUGGUAUGCAAGGUAGAAGUUUUAAGAAUGGCGAAGUUACUCAAGAGAUUAGUGAUCCGAGCAGAACUUACAGGUUACUAGGCUCAGACAAGGUUGUGAUGUUGGAGAGUCACCUGGUUCACAGUGGCACAUUGACUGAAUCGGAAGGGGCGGAUCUCUACAUACUCGCUGGACAUGAGGCCAGCUAUUAAGUAUCGAUUUUCAAAUUGUUAGCUUGCGACCACACGCUGCAUUAUCGUCUCGCACGAUUUGUGAUUGAACUGCACGUGUAACAUGGAACGACUACGAGAGAGCGAUGAGGUUAAAGUAUGCAGAGAGGUAAAAGCUUUACAAUUAAUAAUUAAUUAUUUUCACUACUUUGCAACGUGCAAUUUCGAUGUUGCUGCAGUGGAUUACCGUUGUCUCUCCGAUAAUAAUCGAUAUCACGAUAAAAUGAUAAACUAGUAAUUUACUUGCGAUAACUUUUUUUAACGAAAGGCAUCUUAGAACUUAGUCCUUUCAGUGGAUAUGCACCAUGAUAGGAAGAGGUAUUGAGUUUAACAGAAAGGCACGAAACUUGAAACAGAGAAUAUGUACGCGAAACUUAUUCUUAUGCCUGAUUAAAUGAAGCCAAUAAAAACCAUAUGCUUGGAAAAGUAUCGGAUAAAAGCGAUUUCCUAGUUUAUAUAGUUAUACAUGUGUAAAUUACACUCUUAUAUAAAUUAUGUACACUACGAUACAACUACAAAAAGAGAUUUAUGAUGAAAUUAAAAUUAAAACCUCGGAAAGGAAAAUUAAUAUAGAGAUUAUUCCGUGUUUCCGACGUUAUAUUAUAUAUAUAGCUAAAUUAGCUAAGUAUAUGAUGCAAGAGUAUUAUUGCAUAGCGUGUUUUAUAGGCAACAAAACUCUUACAACGUUGCAAACGGUACAGUUUCGGAUUUUAUCUUUUUUUUCCUAGAGUCGUGCUAUAUAUUCCUAUUAGCUUUUAGCCUUCGAAAACCAUUUUGAUCGUAAUAUUGAUUUAAUAGGCUAAGAGCUCACAUAUUUGUAUUUUCGACGAGUGCAGGAGAUUAUUCUCUAAACGAGACAAUAUUUAUAUUCUUACAUACACGAGAUCGCGUAAAGUUUUCGAAGGUUAAAGCAUUAUCCGCUGCAUCCAAAUGCAAUAUCCGAUGGAAUUUUCGUGUAACUUUGACGGAAUCUGUGUGACAUUAAUCGAGAUUACAACUUUUAAUAUAUAUCUUGGUUGUCUCACUUUCACGAGAUUUGAAUUUCAGUGAUCGAACUUUUAACGAAUUUUAAAAAAAUGUAUAUUUUAUUUGCAACUUUUCCACUUUGUCGAUAUUAAU